AUGGAACUAGUAUACAAAAAGUCCAGAAACCAGCUCCAAUUUAACGAGCUACUUCAUAUAUUAGUUAAAGUCAAUUACUUGCAAAUCUUGAACACUGUGCGCUUCAUCAAACCCCUUUUGGAUUAGCGCACUUGUUUGCAGCAGAUAUCAUAGAUGGAAUCGAUAACUGACGUAUAACAAAACGCAAUUUUCAGCUCACAAAUACUCUAAUUAUUUAAGUCGAAUUCCUCAGCAAACUCUAUCCAAAUUUUGGAGGGCCUCAGACCUAAGUAAGUGGUCCAGGAAUUCAUGGAUGAAAACUAAUAGCUAUAUAACGUCGUUCAAUCAUUCUCUCCUAGUUUCAAAGCGAGUAUCGUUAAAAAUGUUUACGGUAGAGAUAAACCAUAAAUGUUUAAGGUGAGUGCGAAUAGGUUCUUGAGCAAAGAUUAAUAUCAAAAUAAAAACCUUAUAAAUACUAAUGACUUUUCAAGUAAAAAAAUAAUAGCAGUAGCUCACUACAGUAAUAACUAAGUUAAGUACCUCGAUGAAAACUAACUCCUAAUGACGAUCAAGGGAUAGUAUGUGAAUGCCACCUUCGACUAAUAUUUGAUGUUCAUUCAAUAAUACAUCAGUCCUGACGAACCCUCCAUAGAACUGAUUUAUCGCAGAGAAAAAAAAGAUUGUAAUGGGGAAUCUUUCAGUUUCAAUUACAACCUACUUGCGAUUGAUGACCCUGUGCUAUUGAAAUCUCUGAGAGAGCAAACUGCUUUGAUUAGCAAGAGUAUGAUUAAGACUCUUGAAUAGCAGAUCUUAUGCUAUGUUAAGGAAUUAACAUGCACCUUUAGAGUUAUUCACUAAAGACUGGUACUUUAGAAGAUUGAUUAGUGCAUCAUUUCAAAUAAUGCAGUGAUGAUUGGUGAUUGCAGAAGAAGGAUAAGGUCUAAAGGCAGAUCGAAGUUCUUUUUUAGGUAUGACUCAGAAGAAGCCUUUGCCGAGGGACCUCUUACUGUCAGAUCUCCCUAGGAAAUCUAAAAAUAAGGUUUUUUUAAGGACAGGAAGUCACAAUAAUUUUCUAAGAGUCCUAAACGAAGAACGUCUGAGUUGAGUAAUUAGAAUAUGGAGACAGCGAUGAAUAAUGAUGCAGUGGUCUCAGAUAAAAACAGCUAACUUAUUGAUUACCUUAAUUUCAACAGAUUCGUUUAACAAAAAAGCUUGACCUUUAGAUAGUCCAAAACAAUUAGACAUGGCUCAGUUCAAAAACAGAGACUGAGUUCUGAUCUCAUUCUGAGGAUUAAUCCAGAAGUCAAGGUAAAUCCUUACCAAAGACCUGAAGAACAACUCAACUAACUUAAGAGGGUGCUAUUACAAAACAAGUCCUAGCAAUAGAUCAUAACACAAAAUGUGCCCAAUAAUAAUGAUUACGAGUAUUCAGCUUUAAUUCAGUCGAAUUAGUAGACUUCUCAACCUUUGAAAGCUAAUCAAUAAUUCACCUUCGAUUUGAACUUACCACCUAACAAGCAUAGUCAACGCAACUCUUUUAUAAAGGUCCAUUCUACCUCUUCCUUCCAUAGUAAUGAACACAAUGAGAGCUCUAAAAUAUUCCAAAAUCCAUAGACUCCUUGUUAUAACCUUGAAAAGAUGAACAUCCUAGAUCCCAAUUUUAAACUCUCUAAGAGCAACAAAAAGCGAGAGUCUUUCGACCGUACUCUUAAAGACAUCGCCAAGUACAUUAAAAAAAUGAGGCAGGAUGCAAGUAAAAAGUAAGAAAACCAACUCAAGCCCAGGAGAGUAGAUAUUGACCUCAAUAUACAGAAAGAUAAGAGGUCAAUUUCUCAGGCAGACAUCUUGAAAUAAUAUUCUACUUAGUAAUAAUGA